GCCCGCCAGCCGGGAAGGAAGCCGGUGUGAGAGGAAGGGUUGCAGUUAGAGCCUUCGCUCCCCCUGGAGCCUCACGGCCCCUGCCCUGCUGCGGCCUCACUGCUAAACCUUGCUGGUCUCUAGGCCCCUGGUGUUGAGAUCAGAAACAUUCACAAACAUGUCCCGGAUCGAAAAGAUGAGUAUUCUUGGCGUGCGGAGUUUUGGAAUAGAGGACAAAGAUAAGCAAAUUAUCACUUUCUUCACUCCUCUCACAAUUUUGGUUGGACCCAAUGGGGCGGGGAAGACGACCAUCAUUGAAUGUCUAAAAUAUAUUUGUACUGGAGAUUUCCCUCCUGGAACCAAAGGGAAUACAUUUGUUCACGAUCCCAAGGUUGCUCAAGAAACAGAUGUUAGAGCCCAGAUUCGUCUGCAGUUUCGUGAUGUCAAUGGAGAGCUCGUAGCUGUGCAGAGAUCCAUGGUGUGUACUCAGAAAAGCAAAAAGACCGAAUUUAAAACCCUGGAAGGAGUCAUUACUAGAACAAAGCAUGGCGAAAAGGUCAGUCUCAGCUCUAAGUGUGCAGAAAUUGACCGAGAGAUGAUAAGUUGUCUUGGGGUUUCCAAGUCUGUGCUGAAUAAUGUCAUUUUCUGUCAUCAAGAAGAUUCUAAUUGGCCUUUAAGUGAAGGAAAGGCUUUGAAGCAAAAAUUUGAUGACAUUUUUUCAGCAACAAGGUACAUUAAAGCCUUGGAAACUCUUCGGCAGGUACGUCAGACACAAGGUCAGAAAGUAAAAGAAUGUCAAACAGAACUAAAAUACCUGAAGCAAAAUAAGGAAAAAGCUUGUGAGAUUCGCGAUCAGAUUACUAAUAAGGAAGCUCAGUUAAGAUCUUCAAAGGAAAUUGUCAAAUCCUAUGAGAACGAACUUGAUCCAUUGAAGAAUCGUCUAAAAGAAAUUGAACAAAAUCUCUCUAAAGUAAUGAAACUUGACAAUGAAAUUAAAGCCUUGGAAAGCCGAAAGAAGCAAAUGGAGAAAGAUAAUAGUGAACUGGAACAGAAAAUGGAAAAGGUUUUUCAAGGGAGCGAUGAGCAACUAAAUGACUUAUAUCACAAUCACCAGAGAACAGUAAGGGAGAAAGAAAGGAGACUGGUAGACUGUCAGCGUGAACUGGAAAAAUUAAAUAAAGAAUCUAGGCUUCUCAAUCAAGAAAAAUCAGAACUACUUGUUGAACAGGGUCGUCUUCAGCUGCAAGCAGAUCGCCAUCAAGAAAAUAUCCGAGCUAGAGAUUCAUUAAUCCAAUCUUUGGCAACACAGCUAGAAUUGGAUGGCUUUGAGCGUGGACCAUUCAGUGAAAGACAGAUUAAAAAUUUUCACAAACUUGUGAGAGAGAGACAAGAAAGGGAAGCAGAAACUCUCAGCCAACUGAUGAAUGAUUUUGCAGAAAAAGAAACUCUGAAACAAAAACAGAUAGAUGAGAUAAGGGAUAAGAAAAUUGGACUGGGAAGAAUAAUUGAGCUAAAAUCAGAAAUCCUAAGUAAGAAGCAGAAUGAGCUGAAAAAUGUGAAGUAUGAAUUACAGCAGUUGGAAGGAUCUUCAGACAGGAUUCUUGAACUGGACCAGGAGCUCACAAAAGCUGAACGUGAGCUAAGCAAGGCUGAGAAAAACAACAAUGUAGAAACUCUAAAAACAGAAGUAAUAAGUCUUCAAUAUGAGAAAGCAGACCUGGACAGGACCCUGCGUAAAUUGGACCAGGAGAUGGAGCAGUUAAACCAUCAUACAACAACACGCACCCAGCUGGAGAUGCUGACCAGAGACAAAGCUGACAAAGAUGAACAAAUCAGAAAAAUAAAAUCUAGACACAGUGAUGAAUUAAAUUCAUUAUUAGGGUAUUUUCCCAACAAAAAACAGCUUGAAGACUGGCUUCAUAGUAAAUCAAAAGAAAUUAAUCAGACCAGGGACAGACUUGCCAAAUUGAACAAGGAUCUAGCUUCAGCUGAGCAAAAUAAAAAUCAUAUAAAUAAUGAGCUAAAAAGGAAGGAAGAGCAGUUGUCCAAUUAUGAAGAUAAGCUGUUUGAUGUUUGUGGUAGCCAGGAUUUCGAAAGUGAUUUAGACAGACUUAAAGAAGAAAUUGAAAAGUCCUCAAAACAACGAGCCAUGCUGGCUGGAGCCACAGCAGUUUACUCCCAAUUCAUCACUCAGCUAACGGAUGACAAUCAGUCCUGUUGCCCCGUCUGUCAGAGAGUAUUUCAGACAGAAGCUGAAUUACAAGAAGUCAUCAGUGAUUUGCAAUCUAAGCUGAGGCUUGCUCCAGAUAAACUCAAAUCAACAGAAUCAGAUCUAAAGAAAAAAGAAAAACGGCGUGAUGAAAUGCUGGGGCUUGUGCCCAUGAGGCAAAGCAUAAUUGAUUUGAAAGAGAAGGAAAUACCAGAAUUAAGAAACAAACUGCAGAAUGUCAAUAGAGACAUACAGCGCCUAAAGAAUGACAUAGAAGAACAGGAAACACUCUUGGGUACAAUAAUGCCUGAAGAAGAAAGUGCUAAAGUGUGUCUGACAGAUGUUACAAUUAUGGAGAGGUUCCAGAUGGAACUUAAAGAUGUUGAAAGAAAAAUUGCACAACAAGCAGCUAAGCUACAAGGAUUAGACUUGGAUAGAACUGUUCAACAAGUAAACCAGGAAAAACAAGAAAAACAACACAAAUUGGAUACAGUUUCCAGUAAGAUUGAAUUGAAUCGUAAGCUUAUCCAGGACCAGCAGGAACAGAUUCAGCACCUAAAAAGUGUCACAAAUGAACUCAAAUCAGAGAAACUUCAGAUAUCAACUAAUUUACAACGUCGUCAGCAACUGGAGGAGCAGUCUGUGGAAUUAUCCACUGAAGUUCAGUCCUUACACAGAGAGAUAAAGGAUGCUAAAGAGCAGGUAGGCCCUUUGGAAAUAACAUUGGAAAAGUUACAGCAGGAAAAAGAAGAAUUAAUCUACAAAAAAAAUACAAGCAACAAAGUAACACAGGAUAAAAUGAAUGAUAUUAAAGAGAAGGUUAAAAAUAUUCAUGUUUAUGUGAAAAACAUUGAGAAUUACAUUCAAGAUGGGAAAGACGACUAUAAGAAGCAAAAAGAAACUGAACUUAAUAAAGUAAUACUUCAACUAAGUGAAUGUGAGCAACACAAAGAAAAGAUAAAUAAGGAAAUGGGAAUCAUGAGGCAAGAUAUCGAUACACAAAAGAUACAAGAAAGAUGGCUGCAGGAUAACCUUACGUUAAGAAAAAGAAAUGAAGAACUAAAAGAAGUUGAAGAAGAAAGAAAACAACAUUUGAAGGAAAUGGGUCAAAUGCAAGUUUUACAAAUGAAAAAUGAACAUCAGGAAUUGGAAUCAAAAAUAGACAACAUAAAAAGAAAUCACAGUUUGGCAACAGGGCGACAGACAGGUUAUGAGGAAGAAAUUAUUCGUUUUAAGAAAGAGCUUCGAGAACCUCAAUUUCGAGAUGCUGAGGAAAAGUAUAGAGAAAUGAUGAUUGUUAUGAGAACAACAGAGCUUGUGAAUAAGGAUCUGGACAUUUAUUAUAAGACCCUUGACCAAGCAAUAAUGAAAUUUCACAGUAUGAAAAUGGAAGAAAUCAAUAAAAUCAUUCGUGACCUUUGGCGCAGUACCUAUCGCGGACAAGAUAUCGAAUAUAUAGAAAUUCGGUCUGAUGCCGAUGAAAACGUAUCAGCUUCUGAUAAAAGGCGGAAUUAUAACUACCGAGUGGUGAUGCUGAAGGGAGACACAGCAUUGGAUAUGCGAGGACGAUGCAGUGCCGGACAAAAGGUGUUAGCCUCGCUCAUUAUUCGCCUGGCUCUGGCUGAGACGUUCUGCUUGAACUGUGGAAUCCUUGCUUUGGAUGAGCCAACAACAAAUCUUGAUCGAGAAAACAUUGAAUCUCUUGCACAUGCUCUGGUUGAAGAAAACUAGUCACAGGUCAAGAAAACCCCAGGCAAAGGAAUAAAUCAGACUCCUAAAGUUGAACAACAUAGGUGUUAAGAAAAACUCAGUAAAACAUUUCCACCUGCUGUAGUAAGAAAAACUGUGUUCUGGAACAAACUAGAUCACACAUUCUUACAAGUCCGUAAGCCAGACCUAGGUGAAGAGUCAAGCCAUGCAUCCCCACUGUCUGCAGAGGAGAUGGGGCUCCAUCCGAUCUGCCUGGGAGGGGGCCUGGGUCGACCCCGCCCAUCCCUCCACUUCCUGCAGGCACAGGAAAGGCCUGGUCGUCCCACAUAGCACACGGUCAUGUGUCUGACAAGGU